AUGAAGCUGGAUGUCUUAAUCGUCGGCGCUGGUCCGGCGGGGCUGACGGCCGGGACAUGGCUGGCACGAACAGGAGUCAAGGCAAUGAUCAUAGAUCACAAGUCAUCCAGAACACAAAUCGGUCAUGCAGAUGGGAUUGAAGGCCGCACCUUUGAAAUCUUUGAUAGCUUCGGCAUUGGCGAAAAGAUCUGGAGCGAAGCUAAUCGGACGAUCGAUCUCUGUCUAUGGAGUUCUGACGAGCAUGGUAAAAUCCAACGUGACCAAAUCUUAGCAAACACCAACCCUGGGCUUUCUCGGUACCAAGAAUCUACUCUUGGCCAAGGUAAAAUCGAACAGCACUUGGUGGACCUAAUACAGUCUCAUGAGAGCGUUGAGAUCAAGUGGAGCACCACACCAUUAAGCCUGAUCAUUCGUUCCGAUGACACUUCUCAUCCUGUGGAGAUAUUGAUUCGUACUAAGACAGCAUGUGAAGAGUCAAGCGAUGAAUUCACCGAGACACGUAUAGAAGCAAGAUACCUUAUUGGAUGUGAUGGUGCACACAGCUGGGUGCGAACACAACUUGGCCUGAAGCUGAAAGGAGAUCACACAAAUGAAAGCUGGGGGGUCCUUGACUCGGUCCCAAUCACCGAUUUUCCCGAUAUCCGGAAGAGAUGCAUCGUCAAGGCUCAGUGUGGGAGUUUGAUGGUAAUUCCGCGGGAGCGAGGCCUAGUCCGAUGCUAUGUUCAGCUGUCGUCGGAGAUCGCAAAAAUACUCCAGGCGAAGUUUUCCUCACAAACUUUGAUCGAUGUCAUCCGAAGGAUUCUGCAUCCGUACCAUUUUGACACUUCACAGGUAGAAUGGUCAACAAUAUACACAGUCGGUCAACGUCUGUGCGACAGAUAUUCGAUGGAUAGCCGUGUUUUUCUGGCUGGUGAUGCAGUGCAUACACAUUCACCCAAGGCCGGUCAAGGAAUGAACGUGAGCAUCCAAGACAGUUAUAACCUGGGCUGGAAGCUGGCUUCAGUCAUCAAGGGUCGAGCGCACCCAAAGAUCCUGAGAACUUAUCAACAGGAGCGUCAUGCCGUUGGUAAGAGACUAAUUGGGUUUGACAAAAGGAUGGUUGAAGGUGUGUGUGAGAAGAAUACAAAGGUCAACAACGAGGAUCAUUUAGCACAACAUGAUUCGCUCAAAGAGACACUUCAGGAGGAGAACACUUCUGCGUCCGGCUUGACUGUCCGAUAUAAACCUAGUCUCUUGAUCACACCAGGAUUGAACGUCCAGUCAUCAACAAUCCGAAAGAAUCUUGGGUAUCUACUUCCCUUCAGCAGGCCUCACCUGGCGUCCAACAUCAUUGUCGGGGCUCGGUUUCCGAGCGCCCAGGUUUUAUGCCAAAGUGACUCUCGACCAUGGCAUCUUCAACAAGCUUUGCAAAGUAUGGGGCAGUGGCAUCUCGUCGUUUUUGGAGGUGACAUUUCCGAUGCCAUUCAAAUGGAAUGCGUGCAGAAGUUGAACGCAGGAAUUGUAAAUGAGCAAGGAGUGAUCCACAAAAUCAACCAAGGGGAUGACGUGGUGGGUAAGGUUCAUACAUACCUUGUUCAUUCCGCACCCAGAAACGCGGUUGAUUUGAUGGACCUGCCAGAAAUAUUCAGGCCUUUUGACGAGAUUAAUGGAUAUGACUAUUGGAAAGUAUUCGCAGACAAUGAUCAAUACACCGAUACUAGGGGAGCCGCCUAUGAGUUUUAUGGUAUUGGAGGUGAAGGUUGCAUAGUCCUCCUACGUCCGGAUCAGCAUGUUUCUUUCGUUGGAAAUUUGAACGACUUGGCUUCUGUUGAGGCGAUACUAGCCAAUAUUGGUUUCGAAGACUUAGACGAAGGGCAACAAUCGAAUGAGAAACCAACCCUAAAUGGUUCGCAAAGGGAAGACCAAUAA